CUCUGCCACACCACACCACCCACCAUGGCGGCGCUGAACCUGUCGCAGAACGGGCCCUCCAUCACCGCUAGCUACCAGAAGAUCGUCAACUCCGCCCCCUCUGGCCCCGCCGCGUCGUCGCCGACCCAUGGCAUCUGGGCCAUCUUCUCCGUGAAGGCACCGCUCGCCAAUGCCUUUGCAGCAGACUCGGGCAAGGAGAGCGUGCUGUCCGUGCAGACGACGGGCGAGGGCGAGCUGGCAGACUUGAUCGAAGACUUCUCCGACGGUCGCAUCCAAUUCGCAUUCGUCAAGGUCAAGGACCCCAACACGACGCUGCCCAAGAACGUCCUCAUUGCAUGGUGCGGCGAAGGCGUGCCCGAGCGGACCAAGGGCUACUUUACCAGCCAUCUCAACGCGGUCUCCAAGGUGCUACAUGGCUACCAUGUGCAGGUCACUGCGCGCUCCGAGCGAGACCUGACGCCCGAGUUGAUCGUGCAGAAAGUGGCCGACUCGUCAGGCUCCAAGUAUAGCGGAGGCGGAUCCAUCCCUUCUGCAGCUGCCGGACCACCUCCCCCUAAGCCUUCCAAGCCUGUGCUGCCUACCAAGAGCUUCGGACCCACUGGCGGCUUCUCCCCUCUAGGCAGGACACGCGCCGCACCGCCCCCUUCCUCCACAGAUGCUGACGGCUGGGGCGAGGACGCACCACCGGUAACGCGAUCGCAGCUCGAGAAGGUCGCUUCUUCCUACCAGCCUACGAAAGUCAACAUGGCUGAGUUGCAGUCGAAGCGUGAGCCUUCACAAUUCCAAGCACCAGCGCCUAGCAACGGAAACAAGGCAGACGUUGUCAGUGGGGGGUAUCAGCCUAUUGGAAAGGUCGAUAUCGCUGCCAUUAGGAGACAAGCGCAAGCUUCGGGCAAUACGCAAGACGAGAGACCCACCGUCGUAAAGGGCGCAUAUGAGCCAGUAGGCAAGGUGGACUUGAAUGAGAUCCGAAGAAAAGCACAGGCAGCGCCUCCACCAACGAGACCCACUCAAUCGAACGAAGGUGAUGAAGAUACGCCAAAAUCGCUCGCCGACCGUUCCGCCGCCUUCCAGCAAAACAGACCACUCACUGAGCUCCCCAAGCCUAAAGUUGCCAACAACUUCGGUCCCCAAGCGAGCAAUUUUGCAGGAACAAAAGCACCUACUCCCAUAGGCUUUCAAUCGAAACCAAUUCAAGCUGCCGCGCCAAUCGGCGCAGCAAGCAAGAGUUUUGCCGAUGAAGGAGGGAAGACCCCAGCUCAGAUCUGGGCAGAGCGAAAAGCACGUGAGCGUGGUACCAGCGGUGUGUCUGAUACGCAGCGAACAGGAGAGGCACCAAUACAGAGUCAGCCAAGCGGUGGCUGGCAGAGCUCAUACGGUGGAAAGAAAUGGGGUGUCCAGAUUCCCACGCGCACUGGUGGGAGUGGCAUCAGUGAGCAACGUACAGGACAACCCGAGGACGUCCAGGAAGAGGAGCAAGCACCACCUACAGGAGGCGUGGGUUCUAUCAGAGAUCGAUUUGCGGGCGCUGCGCCAAUGGGCGCAGUACAACAACAUACCGGCGGAGCUCCAGAGCCGCCUCCGCUCGACAACUCCAGCAAGCCGAAUGCGGGAGUGCGCGGUGUUGCCGGAGUACCACCAGUGCAACAUCAGGACCUCCCUCCGCCACCUCCUCGAGGCGUGCCACAAGACGAGGACGAGGAAGACGAAGAUGACAACGCCGCCGCCGCUGUUGAUCAGGGAUCUCCAGUACGAAUUGCCAUGCCUGUGGGUCGCGGAGCGGAACCCAUUGAGCCUGUUGAGCAGUUGCCUUCUCGUGGCUUGCCAGAGGCCUCACUGUCAAAAGUCGUGUCCCAGCACCAGGAUACAGAGCCACCACAAGUCGAAGCUCACGAUCAAGCUCGAGGGUCAGGAGAAGCAGCCGCUGCCACGACGUUCGGAGAAGCUGAAGAUCCGCGGGGAGCAGGUUCAGCAGGUGGCCAAGAGGCCAUCGCGCAAUACGACUAUGAGAAAGAUGAAGAAAACGAGAUUGCAUUGAAAGAGGGUGAGCGUAUCACGGGUAUUGAAAUGGUCGAUGACGAUUGGUGGAUGGGCGAGAACAGUAAGGGCGAGAGAGGACUAUUCCCGUCGAAUUAUGUGGAACUUGUGGAAGGUGGUGCGCUACAAGAAACUCAUCAUACUUCGCAAGCCGUUGCGGACGAGCCACCACCACCACCUGCACCUCCAGCGCAAACAUCCGGUGGAGGACAAACAGCCACUGCCGAGUACGACUAUGAGGCUGCAGAAGAGAACGAGCUGAGCUUUCCAGAAGGUGCCAAAAUCACCAAUGUGGAAUUCCCGGAUGAGAACUGGUGGUCUGGUGAAUACAAUGGUCAAGCUGGCUUGUUCCCCUCGAAUUAUGUGCAACUGGACCAGUGAGCUGAGACCAGCAAGCACAGGCUACAAGGAGUGCAGACGCAGCAUACUAUACCACGUUGUAUAUAGAAAGCGAACGGAAUGCACACAAAAGUGGUUACGCCUUCUCUGCUUCCCUCUCUGUCUGUCUGUCUCUCUCGGUGCGACCUGAUGACAUUCAUCUCUGGUCCUGACGAUAUCUCCCGAUCUCUCGAACACAGCGAUACGAUUCUCGUGGCUAGACUUUUCAUGAUACCCGCCCUGUUAUUUGAUGUCCUUCGUGGACUGUCUGAACAAUGAACAGGUUUCGUCUUCUCAAACACUGCAGUACAGACACGCCGAGCCGUGUGCCUUCAUCAUGUGGCCCCCGGGAACGCUCUGAUGCUGCGCGGCCACCCCGAUCUACCUUUCAUGUGCAAUUUCCAACUAUCAACGAAAGUUGCCUGCCCUUGCUUUUCCUUCUUCCGACCAUUCGGAGUGCCUUCCAUCGUAUGGCUCCUUGAGUACUGUCUUCAAUUCGAGCUAAGAUGCGGUAGAGAAGUGGUGGCUGUCAGUUGAAGAGGCUGUAGAGGCCUGUUAUCAAAAUAGCCGAUUGUAGUAAAGUUGAGUCAUGCGGAAGCACUCUCAUACUAGUAGAACAGCGUUCACGCAACCGUCGUUUUCGCAGUUGUUCGUGAUCUGAGCCCAUCGACCCCAUACCACUUUGCCCCCUGCAGUGACCAGACCAAGUUCGCUCACGUUCACCUCGAUGAUGGUUCCUUUGGUGAGCACUCCCAGUUGCGUGUACAUUGGAUUUUGCGGAUUCUUCUUCACGGAAAUAAUCGGCAACUGCACAGUCACGCCGAGCUCCGGAUGUGUCACGUUCGCCUUCUUGUAUCGCAGACCCAUGGGGCGAAUGAAGCGUUCAUAUUUCACCGGACGUCUCGUGAAAUCUGGUCCCACAAAAGUGGGCUUUGUGAUCAUUCUCUUCCAGCUCUUCUUUGCAGUCUUCUUUCCCGUUUUGACCACUUUGAACAUUUCUUGCUCCGAAAUACCUCGCACUUUUGGUAGAGGCACGCUGAACUUGGCGGCUUUUUCGGCUCGCUUGUUCUUAAUAGCAGAACUGAGUGCUUUGGCAUUGGUGGUGUUGCUGCGGUCGAGCAAGUAGCCGGGCAGAGGUUUGGAGGACGGUUCGGCGGGUUCGGCGGACUUGACGUUCUUCUCCUCUUGCUGCUUGAUAGCCUUCUUCAUCUGGAUCUUCUCUUUGUGACGCUUCUGCUGGUACAGCUUUGCGCGCAGACCACGCAGGUUUUGCGCAUUUUCGGAGGCCUUGUGGCCCUCACGAGCAGCUCGUUUGCGGGUGCGCUCUUCAUGGUCGAGACGACGACCAUGUUGCUUGGUGAAGCGCUCAAUGUACUCGUUCUGAGGCAUUGUGCAGAGAGCAA